AAAAUUCUUGUGUGGGAAUCAGUGUAAUAAAAAAAAAGAAAAAAAAAGAAAAAAAAGGCAAAAAGAAAGAAAAAGCAGAUUCCAAUGGUGGAUUUAAAAUAAAAUGUGGCUUCAAAAAUUAUUCAUAAUCUAUCUACUUACACUUUUCAAUUCAAUGGACGGAUACUUUUUGGAUAAUCAAAUACAAAGCACAGGACGUCAUCGGCGGAAAGAUUCCAACGACCUAAAAAACAUGCACAAAAACUCGUUAUCACCUGUACAUACACAUUUUAUAACGAAAAAUAGCACUCGCGUGAUCAGCCAGCGAGGAGGACUCGCAAUUCUACCUUGUAGUGUAACAAUGUCACAACCAGCCACUGUAAGUAAGUAUUUAUAUUUUUAAAAUCCUAUCUAAAGCAAUCCCUCUGCAAAUUGAGAAUGAAAGAGAAAGCACAGCCAAAGUAGACGUAAGACACGAAUCAGUGGUGUAUUAAGGCGAGCUCCUAAUUUGCUCGAGUUUUCAAUUGUAACACAUGGAAUCGCCUACGUCACUGACACAGGCGAGGAUGAAAUACUUAAAUAGACACAGAUUGGAAUGAAAUUGGUGAGAAUGGAGAACUGAGAAAAUACGGGAGGGAUCACAAACAUUAUUCAAAUUUUUUUUUCUCUCUUCCUGUUCCUUUAUCCUGUGUGCGAAACUAAAAUGUGGGGAGAAAAAGUCAAAAUCGAU